AUGUCUCCAGGUGGGACUCUCCCAGAAUAUAUAGAGAUGCGACUAAACGUAAAGUACUGGCAGAGUCUCUGGCAGAUAGCCAGCUCAAGAGGAGCUUACGAACAAGUUUCCAUGCAUGCUAAGUAUGGUGGCUCGGCUCGGUUAGAGCAACUCUCUGAACGUGUUUCGCGUGCCGUUGAUGAUGAGGAUGAUGUUCCUGGAAAAAUCACGUUCGCUGCUUCUGGUGUGUAUCUCCUUUUGGAUCCAGAUGUAACAUCAGCUGACAUGAAAUCUGGCCAAGGCCAAUCCUAG